CACACACCUUGCCGGAGCCAAGGUUUUAAAAUUGCAUCCGCGUCCGGAUGUUUAUGAAGAACUUUUACUUAAAGUUUUUAGAAAUUAUUUUGUGAAAAAAUAGUUAAUUGUUUGUAUAAAGUGUUAAAAUUAAUUACAGUAAAAAAAUAAAUUAUAGUAAAAUGCAUCUCAAACAUUUAAUAUGUUCAUCAUUAACAAUCUCCCUCCUGUGGAUGCUUUGUAUGAGUCCAGCUCCAGCUGAGAGUUCAAAAAUUCUGGCCGUAUAUGCUUUUCCCGGUAAAAGUCACUAUAUGAUGCAUAAAACCAUUAUAAAGGAACUCAUACAGAGAGGUCAUCAAGUAACAAUGAUAACAGCGUUUAGUUUAAAGGAUUUAAAAUUGGGUGCUAACUAUACAGAAGUUUUGAUCGAACCAGUUUAUGAUUUUUGGAGUGAUAUUAUACCAUUCUUUAAAGCCGACAACAUUUUUGAAUUAUCCGAAAUGGACUUCUUCGAUUUUUUGAAAAUGUUGGAAAUUAUCGGUAUGAAAACCACUGAACAUGCCCUUAAGCAACCCAAAGUUCAGGAAAUCAUUAAUCAUCCCCAGCCGAAGGGACAAUAUGAUUUACUUUUGGCCGAACAAUUCUAUCAGGAACCCUUUUUAGCCCUUUCCUACAUAUACGAUAUACCCGUAGUGACUAGCAGUACUUUGGGUUAUGAAAAUCAUAUGAGUCAAAUGAUGGGCGUAUUAACACCCUGGUCAUUUGUGCCCCAUGGUUUUUUGCCUUUCACCGAUCAAAUGAGCUUUAUGGAACGUGUUAAAAAUAGUUAUUAUUCAUUGGCUGAAGAUUUGAUUAGAGAAUGGGAUUUAUUUCCGAAAAUGGAUAAAUUAGUGCAGAAAUAUUUUGGCCACUUGAAAGUUAAUAUUCCUCCCGUUUCCCAUAUGGAAAAGAAUGUAUCUGUCAUGUUGCUUAACAGUCAUACACCUUUAACCACCUCCAGGCCCUCAAUUACCGGUAUGGUACCCAUAGGAGGCAUGCACAUCUAUCCACCCAAACAACUGCCGCAAGAUAUUAAAACUUUCUUAGAUGGCGCAGAAAAUGGUGCCAUUUAUUUCAGUUUGGGCAGCAAUGUCCAAUCGAAAGAUAUGCCUGCUGAAAAACUUAAAAUUUUCCUCGAAGUCUUUGCCUCCAUGAAACAGCGUAUACUUUGGAAAUUUGAAAAUGAAAGUAUAGCCAAUCUGCCAUCAAAUGUCAUGAUCAAAGCCUGGUUACCACAAGCCGAUAUAUUGGCUCAUCCAAAUGUCAAAGUGUUCAUUACUCAUGGUGGUUUAUUCGGCACUCAGGAAGGUGUUCACUAUGCCGUUCCCAUGUUGGGUAUGCCUAUCUAUUGUGAUCAACAUCUAAAUAUGCGCAAAGCUGUGCAAAAUGGUUAUGCCAUAAGUCUACAUUUUCCCGAUAUAACAAAACCAAUUUUAAAAGAUUCACUAGACAAAUUACUCCACGAUCCCUAUUAUCGUAAUAAUAUUAAUAGAAUUUCGAAUAUUUUCCAUGAUCGUCCUUUGGGUGCUCGUGAAACUGCCAUGUAUUGGAUCGAAUAUGUUAUAAGGCAUAAUGGUGCUACUCACUUAAGAUCAGCUGGUUUAGAUCUUAAAUGGUAUCAAUUUUAUCUAUUGGAUGUUAUAGCUUUCGUUAUUGGAUGCAUUGUGUUGACCUUGACAUUGUCUUGGCUUGCUCUACGUAUGAUUUUGUAUCGUAAACCUCAUCAUGUAAAAUCUAAGAUGCAAUAAUUUGUAUUUUUGUUUUAGUGUCUAGUUUAUUUAGUAUGUAUUUAAAUUGUUUAAUCUAUAGUUUUAAUAAACAAAUGUUGGUUUAAGUAUAAAACGGUUAAUAGUAA